AUGCUGCGGGUCUUCAUCCUCUACGCCGAGAACGUGCAAACCCCGGACUCCGACAUCAGCGAUGCCUACUGCUCCGCGGUGUUUGCAGGGGUGAAGAAGAGAACCAAAGUCAUCAAGAACAACGUGAACCCUGUGUGGAAUGAGGGCUUUGAGUGGGAUCUCAAGGGCAUUCCCCUGGACCAGAGCUCUGAGCUUCACGUGGUGGUCAAGGACCAUGAGACGAUGGGGAGGAACAGGUUCCUGGGGGAAGCCAAGAUCCCGCUGCGGGAGGUGCUCACCACCCCCAGCCUGUCUGCCAGCUUCAACGCCCCGCUGCUGGACACCACGCAGCGGCCGACGGGGGCCUCGCUGGUCCUGCAGGUGUCCUACACGCCGACUCCUGGAGCUGUGCCUCUCUACCCACCCACCACUCCUCUGGACCCCUCCCCGACUCUGCCUGACCGGGAUAUGCUGGCUGGUGGGGCACAGAGCCGGGCAGAGACUUGGUCCCUGCUCAGUGACAGCACUGUGGACACGAGAUACUCGGGGAAGAAGUGGCUGGCCCCCACGGACACAGGAGGAGAGGAGGACACCGAGGACCAGGGCCUCACGGGGGACGAGGCGGAGCCCUUCCUGGACCAGAGUGGCCCCCUGGGCCCGGGGGCUCCUUCCACUCCCAAGAAGCCAGCUUCCCACCCUCCCCCGUACCACCCUGGCAACAAGAGGAGGAGGGGCGCUCCCCCACCCAGGAAGGUGCUGUCGGACAAGCCCCAGGACUUCCAGAUCAGGGUGCAGGUCAUCGAGGGGCGCCAGCUGCCAGGGGUGAACAUCAAGCCCGUGGUCAAGGUCACUGCCGCUGGGCAGACCCGGCGGACGCGGAUCCACAAGGGAAACAGCCCAGUCUUUAACGAGACUCUGUUCUUCAACGUGUUUGACUCUCCAGCGGAGCUGUUCGAUGAGCCCAUCUUCAUCACGGUGGUGGACUCCCGCUCCCGCAGGACUGAUGCUCUCAUCGGGGAGUUCCGGAUCGAUGUGGGUGCCGUCUACAGAGAGCCCCGACAUGCCCAUCUCAGAAAGUGGCUGCUGCUCUCAGACCCGGAUGAUUUCUCUGCCGGGGCCAGAGGCUACCUGAAAGCAAGCCUGUGCGUGCUGGGGCCUGGGAACGAAGCGCCGCUGGAGAGAAAGGACCCCUCAGAAGACAAGGAGGACAUCGAAGGCAACCUGCUCAGGCCGACCGGCGUGGCCCUCCGCGGGGCGCACUUCUGCCUGAAGGUCUUCAGGGCCGAGGACUUGCCGCAGAUGGACGACGCCGUGAUGGACAACGUGAAGCAGCUCUUUGGCUUUGACAGCAACAAGAAGAACUUGGUGGAUCCCUUCAUGGAGGUCAGCUUCGCAGGGAGAACGCUCUGCAGCAAAAUCCUGGAGAAGACGGCCAACCCGCAGUGGAACCAGAGCAUCACGGUGCCUGCCAUGUUUCCCUCGAUGUGUGAGAAAAUGAGGAUUCGUAUCAUGGACUGGGACCGCCUGACCCACAAUGACAUCGUGGCCACCACCUACCUGAGUUUGUCCAAGAUCUCUGCUCCCGGAGGAGAAAUAGAAGAGGACCCCGCAGGUGUGGCCAAGCCUCCUCCAGCCUCGGACACGGACGACCAUCUGGGCUUCCUGCCCACCUUUGGGCCCUGCUACAUCAACCUCUACGGCAGCCCCAGGGAGUUCACCGGCUUCCCAGACCCUUAUGCAGAGCUCAACAUGGGCAGGGGGGAAGGCGUGGCCUACCGAGGCCGGGUGCUGCUGUCCUUGGAGACCAAGCUGGUGGAGCACUGCGAGCAGAAGGUGGAGGACCUCCCCGCAGACGACAUUCUCCGGGUGGAGAAGUACCUCCGGAGGCGCAAGUAUUCCCUCUUCGCCGCCUUCUACUCCGCCUCCAUGCUGCAGGAUGUGGACGACGCCAUUCAGUUCGAGGUCAGCAUCGGCAACUACGGCAACAAGUUCGACAACACCUGCCUGCCGCUGGCCUCCACCACCCAGUACAGCCGGGCGGUCUUCGACGGCUGCCACUACUACUACCUCCCCUGGGGCAACGUGAAGCCCGUGGUGGUGCUGUCGUCCUACUGGGAGGACAUCAGCCACAGGAUCGAGGCCCAGAACCAGCUGCUCAGGAUCGCGGACAGGCUGGAAGCCGGCCUGGAGCAGGUCCAUCUGGCCCUGAAGGCACAGUGCUCCUCCGAGGACGUGGACGCCCUGGUGGCUCAGCUGAUGGAUGAGCUCAUCGCAGACUGCAGCCAGCCCCUGGGCAAUGUCCACGAGAGGCCCUCUGCCACCUACCUGGACCAGUACCUGUACAAGCUGCGCACCCGGCACCUGAGCCAGAUCACCGAGGCGGCCUUGGACCUGAAGCUCGGCCACUACGAGCUCCCUGCUACCUUGGAGCAGGCUGAGGACUGGCUCCUGCGUCUUCGGACCCUGGCGGAGGAGCCCCAGAACAGCCUGCCCGACAUCGUGAUCUGGAUGCUGCAGGGAGACAAGCGCGUGGCGUACCAGCGGGUGCCCGUCCGCGAGGUGCUCUUCUCUAGCCGGGGCGCCCGCUACUGCGGCAGGAACUGCGGGAAGCUGCAGACCAUCUUCCUGAAAUAUCCAAUGGAGGAUGUGCCCAGAGUCCGGAUGCCAGUGCAGAUACGGGUGAAGCUCUGGUUCGGGCUCUCUGUGGAUGAGAAGGAGUUCAACCAGUUUGCUGAGGGCAAGCUCUCCGUCUUCGCUGAAACCUAUGAGAACCAGACCAAGCUGGCCCUGGUGGGGAACUGGGGCACAACGGGCCUUACCUACCCCAAGUUUUCUGAUGUCACGGGCAAGAUCAAGCUCCCCAAGGACAGCUUCCGCCCCUCGGCCGGCUGGGCCUGGGCUGGGGAUUGGUUCGUGUGUCCAGAGAAGACCCUGCUCUAUGACACCGAUGCGGGCCACCUGAGCUUCGUGGAGGAGGUGUUUGAGAACCAGACCCGGCUCCCUGGAGGCCAGUGGAUCUACAUGAGUGACAACUACACGGACGUGAACGGGGAGAAGGUGCUUCCCAAGGAGGACAUCGAGUGCCCACUGGGCUGGAAGUGGGAAGAUGAGGAGUGGUCCACGGACCUCAAUCGGGCCGUUGACGAGCAAGGCUGGGAGUACAGUAUCACCAUCCCCCCGGACCGGAAGCCGAGGCACUGGGUCCCUGCUGAGAAGAUGUACUACACGCAUCGGCGGCGGCGCUGGGUCCGCCUGCGCAGGAGGGACCUCAGCCAGAUGGAGGCGCUGAAGAAGCAUCGGCAGGCCGAGGCCCAGGGCGAGGGCUGGGAGUACGCCUCGCUCUUCGGCUGGAAGUUCCACAUGGAGUACCGCAAGACGGACGCCUUCCGUCGCCGCCGCUGGCGCCGCCGCAUGGAGCCGCUGGAGAAGACGGGGCCUGCAGCUGUGUUCGCCCUCGAGGGGGCCCUGGGCGGUGUGGUGGAUGACAGGAGUGAGGAUUCCACGUCCAUCUCCACCUUGAGCUUUGGAGUGAACAGACCCACGAUUUCCUGCAUCUUCGACUAUGGGAACCGCUACCAUCUGCGCUGCUACAUGUAUCAGGCCCGGGACCUGCCUGCGAUGGACAAAGACUCUUUCUCUGAUCCCUACGCAAUCGUCUCCUUCCUGCACCAGAGCCAGAAGACGGUGGUGGCCAAGAACACGCUGAACCCCACCUGGGACCAGACGCUCAUCUUCUACGAGAUUGAGAUCUUCGGCGAGCCGGCCACCAUCGCCGAGCAGCCGCCCAGCAUUGUGGUGGAGCUGUACGACCACGACACCUAUGGUGCAGACGAGUUUAUGGGACGCUGCAUCUGUCAGCCGAGUCUGGACCGGAUGCCCCGGCUGGCCUGGUUCCCCCUGACUCGGGGGAGCCAGCCAGCAGGUGAGCUGCUGGCCUCUUUUGAGCUCAUCCAGAGAGAGAAGCCGGCCAUCCACCACAUUCCCGGCUUUGAGGUACAGGAAACAUCACGGAUCCUGGAAGAGUCGGAGGACACAGACUUGCCCUACCCGCCACCCCAGAGAGAGGCCAACGUCUACAUGGUUCCCCAGAACAUCAAGCCAGCUCUCCAGCGAACCGCCAUCGAGAUCCUGGCAUGGGGCCUGCGGAACAUGAAGAGUUACCAGCUGGCCAAUGUCUCCUCCCCCAGCCUUGUGGUGGAGUGCGGGGGCAAGACAGUACAGUCCUGUGUUAUCAGGAACCUCCGGAAGAACCCCAACUUUGACAUCUGCACCCUUUUCAUGGAAGUGAUGCUGCCCAGGGAGGAGCUAUACUGUCCUCCCAUCGUGAUCAAGGUCAUUGAUAACCGCCAGUUUGGCCGCCGGCCUGUGGUCGGCCAGUGUACCAUCCGCUCUCUGGAGAGCUUCCUGUGUGACCCCUACUCAGGAGAGAGUUCAUCCCCACAGGGUGGCCCAGAUGAUGUGAGCUUACUCAGUCCUGGGGAAGAUGUGCUCAUUGACAUUGAUGAUAAGGAGCCCCUCAUCCCCAUCCAGGAGGAGGAGUUCAUUGAUUGGUGGAGCAAAUUCUAUGCCUCGAUUGGGGAGAGUGAAAAGUGUGGCUCCUACUUGGAGAAGGACUUUGACACCCUAAAGGUCUAUGACACACAACUGGAGAACGUGGAGGCCUUUGAGGGCCUGUCUGAUUUUUGUAACACCUUCAAGCUCUACCGGGGCAAGACUCAGGAGGAAAUGGAGGACCCAUCUGUUAUUGGGGAAUUUAAGGGCCUUUUCAAAAUUUAUCCCCUCCCGGAAGACCCAUCCGUCCCCAUGCCCCCAAGACAGUUCCACCAGCUGGCUGCCCAGGGACCCCAGGAGUGCCUGGUCCGCAUCUAUAUUAUCCAGGCAUUUGGCCUGCAGCCCAAGGACCCCAAUGGGAAGUGUGAUCCUUAUGUCAAGAUUUCCAUAGGGAAGAAAUCGGUGAGCGACCAGGAUAACUACAUCCCCUGUACUCUGGAGCCUGUGUUUGGGAAGAUGUUCGAGCUGACCUGCACCCUGCCUCUGGAGAAGGACCUGAAGAUCACUCUCUAUGACUAUGACCUCCUCUCCAAGGAUGAAAAGAUCGGGGAGACGGUCAUCGACCUGGAGAACAGGCUGCUGUCCAAGUUUGGGGCUCGCUGUGGGCUCCCACAGACCUACUGUGUCUCUGGACCGAACCAGUGGAGGGACCAGCUCUGCCCCUCCCAGCUCCUCCACCUGUUCUGCCAGCAGCACAGAGUCAAAGCCCCUGUGUACCAGGCAGACCGCGUGAUGUUCCAGGAUAAAGAAUACACCAUUGAAGAAAUAGAGGCUGGCAGGGUCCCGAACCCACACCUGGGCCCAGUGGAGGAGCGUCUGGCUUUGCACGUCCUUCAGCAGCAAGGCCUAGUCCCUGAGCAUGUGGAGUCUCGGCCGCUCUACAGCCCUCUCCAGCCAGACAUCGAGCAGGGGAAGCUGCAGAUGUGGAUUGACCUGUUUCCAAAGGCCCUGGGGCGGCCUGGACCUCCCUUCAACAUCACCCCACGGAGAGCCAAAAGGUUUUUCCUGCGUUGUAUUAUUUGGAACACCAAGGACGUGAUCCUGGAUGACCUGAGCAUCACAGGGGAAAAGAUGAGCGACAUUUAUGUGAAAGGUUGGAUGGUUGGCUUUGAGGAACACAAGCAAAAGACGGACGUGCAUUAUCGGUCCCUGGGAGGCGAAGGCAGCUUUAACUGGAGAUUCAUUUUCCCCUUCGACUACCUGCCAGCUGAGCAAGUCUGCACCGUCACCAAGAAGGAUGCUUUCUGGAGGCUGGACAAGACUGAGAGCAAAAUCCCAGCGCGAGUGGUAUUCCAGAUCUGGGACAACGACAAGUUCUCCUUUGACGACUUUCUGGGCGCCUUGCAGCUGGAUCUCAACCGCAUGCCCAAGCCCGCCAAGACGGCGGAGAAGUGCUCCCUGGACCUGCUGGAUGACACUUUCCACCCGGAGUGGUUCGUGUCCCUUUUUGAACAGAAAACAGUGAAGGGCUGGUGGCCCUGUGUAGCAGAGGAGGGUGAGAAGAAGAUAUUAGCGGGCAAACUGGAGAUGACCUUGGAGAUCGUAGCAGAGAGUGAGCACGAGGAGCGACCUGCUGGCCAGGGCCGGGAUGAGCCCAACAUGAACCCCAAACUCGAGGACCCAAAGCGCCCUGACACCUCCUUCCUAUGGUUCACCUCCCCAUACAAGACUAUGAAGUACAUCCUGUGGCGGCGGUUCCGGUGCGCCAUCAUCCUCUUCAUCAUUCUCUUCAUCCUCCUGCUGUUCUUGGGCAUCUUCGUCUACGCCUUCCCGAACUACGCUGCCAUGAAGCUGGUGAAGCCCUUCAGCUGA